CUUCAAGCAACCAUACGAUCUGACUCCAUCGUCAGCUUUCUCGUUGCAGGUGAGCAAGUUUAAGCAAAUUUCGAGCAUUUUAUCGAGUGGAUUCCAGUAUUCCAAGAAGUUUAUUAGAGUUCAAUCGUCCUUCUCUUCUCUGUUCGAUUCCAGUUUCAUAUCUCAUCCUCUCAAUCGUCGAUCAUCACCCGAAUCUAUUCGUAAUCACCCUAGAAACAUCUUUAUCAUGGACCAUUCCCACAUGGAUCACAGCCAUAUGGAUCAUGGCGAUAUGGGCCACGGCGAUAUGCCGAUGCCAAUGUGCAGCAUGAAUAUGCUGUUCACCUGGGAUACCACGAAUCUAUGUAUCGUUUUUCGACAAUGGCACGUUCGCGGAACCGCGUCGCUCGUCUUCAGCUUGUUGGCCAUCAUCGCUCUCAGUGCUGGUUAUGAGGCCCUACGCGAAGGCAUCCGUCGUUACGAGACCGCGAUCACCGUUAGACAAGAUGCUUCUCCCAUCGAACCAAAUACUGAGAGCGCGGCGUUACUUGGCGUAGGACGAAGUAGCCAGUCCGACGCGAUUGGACGACGAGCCCAUGCUACAAAGGCAGUUCUGUACGGCGUGCAGAACUUUUAUGCGUUUAUGAUUAUGCUGGUGUUUAUGACCUAUAAUGGCUUCGUUAUGGUUUCCGUCGCUAUCGGAGCUGGCCUCGGGUACUAUUUCUUCGGUUCGCAUACGAAAGCUGCUAAGGAGACAGCAUGCCACUAGAUCUAGGAAAAACCUGAAUAAUAUCUAAUCUGAGAAUAUGGGUUAGUGAAGACAUAGAGAAGAUAACUAUGGGGUCGAGUUUGGCGGUCUGCAAUGAUGUGGGACAGAAUGUCGAUCGAUUUGUUAAAUACAUGUACGCAACUACAAGUUCGGCAACGGUGGAGUCUGGGGAGUUAAAGAUACAACAGGCUUGAGCCUACUAUAAAUCUACAAUACAAGGACAAUUUCUAUGGA